AUGGGUGCCAUAGACACUCUCUUGUCCCUGGCUAUUCCGGCGUUGGUCAUAACUCACCUGAUUGUCGCACCUCACACCAAAGUCGAAGAGUCAUUUAACAUACAGGCCGCACAUGACAUCUUGGUUUAUGGUAUACCUACCAAGGAUGUCAAUGCCAAACUCAUAUCUCAAUAUGAUCACUUCGACUUCCCAGGUGCAGUGCCACGGACUUUCCUGGGUCCAGUCCUACUGGCUGGAGUUUCGCAGCCAAUCGUUGCGCUCGUCGGCUUCGAGCAUGCGCAAUUCAUCGUGAGGGCAGUGCUAGGUCUUUUUAAUGCAUUCGCUCUGCUGGUGUUCAAGUGGAAAGUGGAGAGGGAGCUCGGGCGGCCAACUGCUCGGUGGUUUGCAAUAUUGCAGGCGAGCCAGUUUCAUGUCAUGUUCUACGCAUCGCGAACGUUGCCGAACAUGUUCGCAUUUGGCCUAACGACACUCGCGUACGCUCAGUUGGUCGGAGAACCCAAGAGACUUCGUGUGGGACGGCAAAAGUUGGCAAUCGCGCUUCUCGUGUCUGCGACCGCCAUCUUCAGAUCUGAGCUGGCUAUACUGCUCUGCACAACGACUGCUUACUUGUUCCUGGAAAGCGGCCUACCAGCCUUACAUAUACUCGAAUCGGGCCUUUUCUCGUUUGUAUUCUCGUUGCUUGCGUCGAUCCCUAUUGACACAUACUUCUGGCAGAAGGCGUGUUGGCCGGAGCUCUUUGGAUUUUAUUUCAAUGUCGUCCUUGCCGAAUCGUCGGCUUGGGGCGUCUCGCCGUGGCACUACUACUUCACCAACGCCCUCCCAAAGAUCAUCGGCAAUCCACUCGCAUUGGCAGCUUUGGUCCCACACUCGCUUUAUGCGCCAGCCACCAAAGGGCCAGCCCGUACACUUAUCUUGCCAACGAUCCUAUAUGUGGCCAUCUAUUCGAUACAGCCGCACAAGGAGGCGCGCUUCAUAUUCUAUGUUGUCCCACCACUGACAGCGGCAGCUGCUAUGGGAGCGAACUACAUCUUCACCCGACGCGCCAAGUCGAGCCUCUAUUAUAUUGCUUCCCUCGCACUCGUCGUGUCCGUGAUCGGCUCGUUUGCGAUCAGCACCGGGAUGCUACUUCUUUCGUCCUUGAACUAUCCGGGAGGAGAGGCACUUUCCGAGCUAAAGUGGUUGGUCACUUCUACGGCUUCAACUCCGGAUGUCCAGACGGUCAUGGUCCAUACAGACGUGCUCUCGUGUAUGACUGGCGUCACGCUCUUUGGUCAGCACUCAUACCCACCCAAUAGCCCCAAACCAAAUGUUGAUGCCGUCUCCUUCGUCUUUGACAAGAGUGAGAAGCCGUCAAUCCUGGAGAGCCCGGCAUUCUGGGGCAAGUUUGAUUACUUACUACUGGAAGAUCCAACCAAGGCUAUCGGCCCAUGGCACACGGUUGGUGUUGUCGAGGGGUUUGCCGGUGUGGAGAUCCUGAGGCCCGGCAUGACUGCGGAGGAUGACCUGGAGACCGGUCGAGUCCGGGUGCUGGGCCGUGGCGCUAUGGUAAAGAAGGUUCGCGACACUGUGAGGGGCCUGACGGGAGGAUGGUGGGUUGGGCCAAGGAUGGAACCCCGGGUAAGAAUACUCAAGAAACAGCGAGGACUCAUGCGGAAGGAAGUCAAAGAGUGA